AUGUUACAAAUUAUUUUCUUCUUUCUGUCAUUUGUGUUAUACCUCAACUUUUUAUUCUACUUCACGUGCUGUAAAAAUACCAAAAAGCAAAAAAAGACACGUUCUGCAAGCAAAAAUGUUGUUGAGAAGAAAUGUAACCACCACAAGCCUAUUCGGAAAGGUUCAGAACGGAAAGGAUCAAAUGAUCGAAAAGGUUCAGAUGACAAGAAGGGUUCAAAACGAAAGAUUUCAGAACGAGAACAUCCUCUUCAAAAAAUCUCAGAAAAAGAAAUCAAAACACAAAAGACAAUAAAGGAAAAUAAUCAGAAAAAAGAUGCUACUGUUAAAUCAAAAGAAGAAGUUAUUACAGUCAAAAAAGAGCAAGAAGUAAAAGUUGAAGUAAAGACUAAAGAGAAAGAAAAGCAAAAUGAAGUGGAGAAAAUUGCAGUCAAUUCGGGUAGGGAUUUUAAAAUAAUUUUAUAAAGUGGUAGCUUAAGUUUUUUGUUGAAGUUGGGGAUAUAGUUAGCAGUUUACCUCAUAAAUUUAGAAAAAUUACCGGGACCCGUAAUGGAGUUGAAUUUAGAAAGGUAGGAAGAAAGGGAUCUCUUGUAAAUCCAGAAAGUCCCGAAACUUUCUAAAUAAAUCCGGGAUUCAGGUUCGGGAUUCCUGAAUAGUUUAGAGUAUAUUUUGUCUACCUGAAUCCCGGAUUUAUUUAGAAAGUUUCGGUUCAUUGAAAGUUUCAUUGGGUAUCAAUAAGGGUUUUACUCCCAAAUCACUCACUCUCAUAUCAAAAUUACCAAUAUAAAAAUACACGGAAAAUAUAUAAUUUUUUUCAGUUAAAAUAGAAGAAAUAAAUGGAGGGAUUGCUGUUUCUUUUAAAAUGCCAAAUGAAAACAGUUUGGCAACAAUAUCUGAUCUUGAAAAAUAUAAAGAAGAAAAUGCUCUUGCGAACGAG